CGCCAACCAUCCAAGACGCACCAUUGAAAAUAUUAUUUCAAUAUGAAACUGUUAGUAGUUGCUGCUAUCCUCGGUGCCUGCUCAGCAGCCCGUCUUGACAAUGCCUACCUCCCUCCUAGAGGAGGCGCAGGUGCAGGUUAUGGUGCGGGAUCUGGAGCCGGAGCUGGUGGUUUCGGAUCAGGUUUCGGUAAAGGCGGAGCAGGCGGUAGUGGGUUCGGUGGUGCCGGUGCCGGUGGUUACGGCGGAGCUGGCGCCGGUGGGUUCGGAAACGGUGCUGGUUUCGGAGCAGGAGGAGCAGGCUCAGGAGCUGGUGCUGGCUCUUAUCAAGGGGGUUUCGGAGGCAGGAGCAACUCAGCUGACGCUAAUGCCCAGAUUCUGAGAUUGAACAACGAAGUCACGGCCGAAGGAUUUUCUUACGAUUUUGAAACUUCCAAUGGUAUCAGAGCUGAUGCGUCUGGAGUAGCAACCAAUGGUGUUCAAUCUCAAGGCAGCUUUGCUUACAAGGGUGAUGAUGGCCAAGACUACAGCAUCACUUACACAGCCGAUGAAAAUGGCUACCAGCCACGUGGUGCCCAUCUGCCAACUCCUCCUCCCAUCCCUGAGGCUAUCUUGAAAUCCCUGGAGCAGAACGCCCGUGAUGAGGCUGCUGGUAUCAUUGAUGAUGGUUCAUACCGCGGAGAAGGCGCUGGCGCUGGAGCUGGUUCAUAUUCUGGUCAAGGAGGAUACUCUUCACCAUCAAACCAAUAUGGCGCUCCCGCUCGCGGCUUCGGUGGCUCUGCUGGUGGUUCCUCCGCCUUCAGUGGCUCUUCGGGUAGCUCAGCUUUCGGUGGCUCCACUGGUAGUUCAAGCUUCGGUGGCUCAUCCGCAUUCAAUGGUGCUGCUUCUCGUCAAUACCUGGCCCCCAACGCUGGACCCCGAGGCUCUGGCAACGGCAACUUCAACUCCCAAUCCGGAUACCGCUACUAAACGAGGGACAAUGAAAUAUAUUAGCUCAGUUUUAUCUUAAACGAAUCCUUUGAAAUACAUAGAAAUCCUUUGAAAUAUAAUGGAAAAUAUGAAAACCACCGAAUUUUCUCACUGGAUAACGACAACAAAAAAAACAUCAUAUUUCGUGAUCACAAAAACUUAGCUAAUAAUUUUCCGUGAAGAUAAAUUGUUAUUUUAUUUUUAGCGCCCUCUGUUGAUAAUGAAAAACAACGAAUAACGCUGUGAAUCGUUUAUGUUAUGCCCUGUAUAAAUGCUAGGCAGUAUCAAAGAACUUGGCUUUGCACUGCCAUGCACCUACUCAAUACUCAUUAGUCUAUUUACAGAGUCUUUUCCCUCUCAUCUUCAUUAAUGAUCUCAAAUAACAUUCUGCACUCUUACAUUUCAUUUCUUGUUAAAUAAUUUUACAUAUAAGCUCUAGAUUUUAAAAGGCUAUGUAAAUGGACAGUUCUAGAAAUAAGUUGAUAAAAAUGUAUAAAAAAAAUAAUGAACAUUAGUUUAUAACAAAUUGUAAAUAUGAUACGUAAUGAAUUAAAGUUGUAAAGCAAA